UUUCUCUCUGCAGUAUCUAAUCUCAUGCUUCUCUCUCCAUUUUACAGAUCCCACAUUACACUCCCAACAUUUUAUCUAAAUCUCUUUCUUUUGUGUUCUGUUCUGCAUAUCAUCAUUCAUCACAUGUGUUUAUUUCUGACCACUGCUGAGCCAUGAAACCACCAUCCCCCCUUUCACUUCUCUUCAUUCACCUUCUCCUUCUCAUCCCCACAAUUGUCACAUCUCUCUCUACACCUCAACCCCCAACCCCUUCUCCCACAUCUUCUCCAACACCAUCAUCAAAACCGACUUCUCCUUCCACUUCAACUCUUGACCCCAAACAAGUCAUAGCUCUUCAAUCUCUCAACAUUCCCACAUCCAAGGAUCCAUGUUCUCAACCAUCCUUCCACAAUGCCACACUCUGUGACUCCUCCAAACCCUUUCGCCACCUCAUCUCUCUGCGCCUUGCAAACUGCUCUUCCUACGUUGCUCUUUCCUUCACAGCGCUCAAAUCACUCUCAACCCUUCACUCCCUUCAGCUUCUCAAUUGCCCUGUUGCCCCCAUUCGCUUCCCUCCUGAACUCAUAGCUUCUCUCACAUCCUUCACCUGCAUCAACAGCCUCCGCAAGGUCUCUGGCGUUUGGCUCUCUCAGCUUCAGAACCUCACCGAUCUCACUGUCUCCAGUGUCCAAGUCAAAGCCUCUGGUCCUUAUGUCAUUCUUGGUCACAUGAACAAGCUCAAAUCUUUGACCAUUUCCCAUGCGAAUCUCACUGGUUCUCUCCCUGGACACCUUCAUUCCAACCUUACCCAUCUCGAUUUUUCUGCCAAUCAGCUCAAAGGAACCAUACCCACUUCCAUUACCAUGCUUGAUAGCCUUGAAGUUUUGAAUCUUUCCUCUAAUGCACUCAGUGGGGAAAUACCCGCUUCCAUUGGGGACUUGAUUUCGUUAAAAAACUUGUCUUUGGCUUCAAAUUCCUUUUCUGGGUCUAUUCCUGAUUCCAUUUCUGCUUUGCCGGGUUUGGUUCACAUGGAUCUGAGCUCAAACCAGCUCAAUGGGACUAUUCCUAAGUUCAUUUCUCAAAUGAAGGGCCUCAAGUACUUGAAUCUUGCUAACAACAAUCUUCGUGGGGUUGUGCCUUUCAAUGCCACAUUCAUAAACAGAUUAGCAGUGUUCAAGGUCGGUGGGAAUAGUAAUUUGUGUUAUAACCAUUCGGUGGUGUCUUCAAAAUUGAAGCUUGGGAUUUCUCCCUGUGAUAAGUAUGGAAUGCCAGUGUCUCCACCUGCGAAGGAUUCUUCUGCGGAUGAUGGCAGUGACUCGGACUAUGAUGACAGUGAUGAAGACGGUAGCAAGCACAAGAAAGAUCACCAUCAUGGGCCUAACAAGUUCGUUCUUGGUGUAGCAAUUGCGCUUUCUUCCAUUGUCUUUCUCAUUGUUUUCUUAAUUAUGUGCUCAAAAUGUUGUCGUUAA